CCAGUUUCCUCCAGAGCCUCUGGGAGAAGAAACGCUGAAGCUCCGCAGUCUGACCUGAGUUUUCCACUGCAGGCUCUUUGCUACAUGGUAGCCGAGGACUCUGAUUUGGACCAAGACAAUGACACAUUUUAAUAAGGGACCAGCCUACGGAUUAUCUGCUGAAGUGAGAAGCAAAAUUGCUCAGAAAUAUGACCCACAAAAAGAGGAGGAGCUUCGCUUCUGGAUUGAGGAGGUAACAGGGAUGCCUAUUGGAGAGAACUUUCAGAAAGGCCUGAAGGAUGGGGUCAUCCUCUGCGAACUAAUUAAUAAGCUGCAGCCUGGUUCAGUAAAGAAAAUCAACCUUUCACAGCUCAACUGGCACAAGCUGGAAAACCUUGGGAACUUCAUCAAAGCUAUCCUGACCUAUGGCCUAAAGCCCAGUGACAUCUUUGAGGCCAAUGACCUGUUUGAAAAUGGGAACAUGACACAAGUCCAGACCACACUGCUUGCACUGGCUAGCAUGGCAAAGACCAAAGGUAUGGACACAAAGAUUGAUAUCGGGGUAAAAUAUGCCGACAAACAAGCUCGACAUUUUGAUGAUGAGAAGAUCAAGGCUGGGCAGUGUGUCAUUGGACUGCAGAUGGGAACUAACAAGUGUGCAAGUCAGACUGGAAUGACUGCUUAUGGAACCAGAAGACAUCUGUAUGAUCCAAAGACUCAGACUGACAAACCCUAUGACCAGACCACCAUCAGUUUGCAGAUGGGAACCAACAAAGGAGCCAGCCAGGCGGGCAUGCCAGCCCCUGGUACCCGCAGAGACAUCUUUGACCAGAAAGUGGCGCUGCAGCCACUGGACAACUCUACCAUCUCUCUCCAGAUGGGCACCAACAAGGUGGCCUCCCAGAGGGGGAUGAGCGUGUACGGCCUGGGCAGACAGGUUUAUGACCCCAAGUACUGCGCCCCCCCAACUGAGCCGGUCAUCCACACCAACGGCAGCCAGGGCACCGGCACCAAUGGUUCCGAGAUCAGCGACAGUGACUAUCAGGCUGAAUUCCAGGAGGACGAGUACCACGGAGGUUAUCACGAUGACUACAGCUCCCAUUACAAUGACCAGAACAUUGACUAUUAGUGGAGGCCUGCAGCUCCAGAGCAGUAUUAGCACGUGUGUUUUAUGAACUACACAACGGAGGCGGUCUUCUGCUAUCCUCACUAGUCUUUUUAUUUUCCUGAAGCAUAAAAUGAAACAUUGCCUUUGAGUACUUUCCUUCUUCAUCUAGACUCUUUGAUCUGAACAGUAAAGGUUGUAAGAAGCUGUAGUAGCAUAGUAUAAUGAGAUGCAUUGACCAUUUUUUUUAAGCUUAAACACAGUCUUUUUUAAUAACCCCUUCUUAAAAGAUGCCUCAAGAUGGAACACUGAAGUAGUGAUAAUGUCGCUGACCAGUUGUGUAGUAUCGGGUGAAGCUGCUGCAUUCCAGUGUUUGUGUUCCAGGACUUGCUAAUCCACGUGAAAGGAAUUGUCAUGAGUAGUCCUCAACAACAGCAGUUUAUGUGCCUCUCCUUUGUAUUCUCUGUGUAUUUGUUCUCACAGCCAGCUUGGGACACUGGUGUUCUUAAAUUUGGUUUUACUAAGCGUAAUUAUUAGAUAGUUUUGUUGCUGUUUUCAAAUGAUAGGCAUGCAGAUCCUGAUGACUGUCUGAUAGUACAGAUGACUCAACCUGAGCUCACUCUGUGUUACAGUUAGACAUCCUUGUGCAUCGCAUGAGUUACUUUUUAAAUUUUGUUCCCCUUGUAUUCCUGAGCUGUAUUUAUUGCAGUGAUUUUCAAUGUAAAACAGUCCAAUGUUCUAUGGUCCAUAAAGAAAACGUUACGCUAUAAAUAAAGCCUGUAAUUCUGAAA